AUGACAGUGUUGGUUCGGGUGUGGACUUCCAACGGCGACAUUGCAGAUACCCGUUGCGAAAUACCUACCGGGGCGAGGGUAUGGACCCAAAACUCCCGGAUAGCUGGAAAUGUGUGUAGUUGA